AUGUCACGGUUCCUAAGAAAUGAGGACAAUGAUGAGAACAUGCUAAACAUGUCCCUUAGUCUAAGCGAAAGGGACAGUGACAGGAUGGCCAGAGUAGCUAAGUCACUCAGUCUAAGAGAGAGUGAGACAGAGGACAAGUUUGAGGAUGCCCAUGAAAUUAUCCCUGUGGCAACAACAAUGAAUCUCCUAUCAUCCGUGGAAGAAUGUACAACUGGGUUGUAUUUGUUUCUAAAUAACAGAUUCUCCGACGCAAUCAAUCUUAUUCACCCAUGGUCAAAAAACAGCCCAUACCACGCCCUGAUCUACAGCAUGCUUAUGAUUGUCAAGGCCAUCCUGACUUUCGAGCCACAGGAUAUUCAGAUUGGAAUGAAUGCUGCAAAGGAAGCUUUGAAAACCUGCAACAAUUUCCGAAAAAAACCCAGGAUAAUGACUUUAUCUCGCCUCGUGAGUAGACAGGGAAUAAAGUCCAUCAAAGAGGAGGAACUGCAUGCAGAAGUCUGUUAUGCCGAGUGUCUGAUCUUGAAGUCUGCCAUAACAUUUAUACAAGAUGACAGUUUGCUGAAUUUCCUUAAAAGCGGCAUCAGCGUUGGGUCAAGCUACCAAAUAUACAAAGACUGCCAGCAGGUCUUAGAACUUAUGCCAGAUAACCAAAGUAAAACCCACAGACACCUGGAUGGAGGGGUAAAGUUUGGACUUGGAGUGUUCAAUCUGAUGUUCUCACUUGUGCCACCAAGAUCACUUAAGCUUCUCAAUAUUGUCGGCUAUUCUGGUGAUAGGGAAGUCGGUCUGGCCCUGCUUCACGAGAGUGCAUCUGAACCGCACAUAAACAACAUCUUAAGUGUUUUCACUCUCCUCUUUUAUUACAAUUAUGUGCGUGUAGUUGUUGGUGUCGAAAAGGCUUCCACUUCUGCUACAGAGAGUCUCUUCCUAAUCUACCUGCAGAAAUUCCCCAACUGUGUUGUACUUAAAUUUUUUCGUGCACGUUUUAGCAUGCUAAAUGGAAAUUUUGAAACUGCGCAGUUAAAGUUACAAGAGUGCAUUAUUACUCAGAAUGAAUGGAAGCAGGUUCAUCACCUUUGUUACUGGGAACUUAUGUGGUGCCAUAUUUUCCUGCAGAACUGGAAGCAGGCAUACAACUAUGCCAAUCUACUGUCUCAGCACAGCAGGUGGUCUAAGGCAAUAUACACAUACAGCAAGGCUAUAAUAAUGGCCUUGCUUCCUCCUAAUUCUGUGAACUCAGACAACGAGAGCAUAAGCACUGUCUUCUUACAUGUGGAUAGCCUGAGAAUCAAAUUUUUAGGCUCCUCUGUGCCAAUAGAAAAGUUCAUUGCUGAGAAAAGUCAGCGCUAUGGCACUACAACAGGCUGGUUUACAGCACAGCCCCUUCUGGAAUUCAUGUAUGCCUGGAGUGGCUUCCGAGUCAUGAGCAAGAAAAUAGAGCUCAUUUCAAGUUGGCUCUCAAUAAUUGACAAAGGAAAAGACCUUCUGAAUGAAAAUCCAAAUGAGGAGUAUGGCAUAGAUGACAUGAGCUUGUUAAAUCUGCUGAAAGGUCUCUGUCUGAAACACCUGGGCAAACAUUUAAAGGCUGAGCACUACUUUAUUCGUGUUAUUAAGAAGGAGAAAAUGUUAAAAUAUGACCGAUAUUUGGUGCCAUAUAGCUACUAUGAACUGGGAAUGCUCCAUUAUCUGAAAGGAGAUUAUGCCAAUGCAACAAAAAACCUAGACUACAUAAAGAACUAUAAAGACUAUUCCAUGGAAGCCCGGCUACAGUUUAGGGCUCAUAUUGCCCUGGAACAAAUAGCUAAAUUAGAAAAGUGA